UAUUUGUGAUGGACGCACUUGAACUCUGAGAGGCAGGUCCAUCUCUGGCUCCAGUUCUGCGGGGGCUGCUGUGUGUCCUCGGAUCACAGGGACCCCCACCCUCCGCACCCUCCAGCCCGGGAUUCCCAGGCCACGUGCCCGAGGAAUGGGGGUGACACGCGGCACUGCCCCCGCCCCCCGCUGUCUCACAGAUGCGGAGGCUGCACUCACUGGACGGGCCGCAGUGGGGGGAGCUCUUCCUAAGGUCUCACACAUUUGCAUCGGCCACUCUGACCCCCCAAAGCCUCCCUCUGCUCUCACUCUGCAGCCGGGCACAGAGCCCAGAGGGGCUGAGUGACUCCCCGAGGACACACAGCCUGAGGAGCGGGGUUCCCGGGUGCAGGUGGACCCCGAGGCCGGGCCCAUCACCUGGGGGAGGACCGACCACAGGCUCAGCAGAGGAGGGACGCCUCCCCUCCAGGCUGGCCCUCCAGCUGAGGAAGGAGGCCCAGGCACAGCCAUCUGCCAGGCCGGAAGUGAAGGUGCUGGGGCUGGAGGCCGACAAGCUCACCAUCCUCCGGGGCUGCCCAGGGCUGCCCGGGGCCACGGGGCCCAAGGGAGAGGCAGGCGCCGAGGGCAGGAAAGGAGAUCCAGGCCCAUCAGGAGUCCGUGGAAAUGCGGGACCCCCCGGGCCCAAAGGUAUUUCAGCAAAGAGCAUGGAGGGUCCGGGCAGGACCCCCAACCCUUGGGCAGGGAGAGAGGCGGGGCACUUCCCGGGUGUCACAUGGGAAAAUUCCUAACCAUAACCUAAUGGUAAACAUAAACCUAUCCUUAUCCUAAACACUAACCAUAACCCUGUCCUUAUUCCUAAAUCCAUCCUAAUCCCUAAACCUAACAGUAACCUUGUACAUAAACCUUUCUAUAUCCCAAACCCUAACACUAACCCUAUCCGCAUCCAUAACCCAAAACUUAACCCUAAACCUAACCCUAUCCCUAACCCUAAU